UGUAUACAUAUAUAGGAUGUGCGGUACUGUGGUACAUAUGGGACAUUCUGGCAUGGGACUAGUGGCUUAUACAUGUUCUAAACAUGAAGUUUGAAUGUGGGCUGAGAGAGCAAAUAUGGAUUUGUUGUUGAAGGAUUUUUAGAGCUAGUGGGCAUGGUCGUUAAGAACCAAGAGUACUGGCAUGCUGUAAACCAAAAUAAUUGUGAUUUUGCUUUACCUCUAGGUAUACCAUGUAGUAACUAACCAUUUUUGUGUCAUUUAUUUUACUUCACAUUGCUCUAAAGUGUCAGUUUUGGUGUUGAUGCUACCACCUGCCAGCCUAGUGGUGGUGCUGGUCAGCAUGCUCUAAAUUGUUUGCAGGUCCAAAGGCAAUGGCAGCCAAUGAGCCAGGCUUCAUGGUGUCUGUGACAGGCCAGAUUGAGUCAGCAAGCCUGGCUGACUUUGAUGACGUCUACUGCCGCUACUCCUUCCACCAUGGCCCCGACUGGGAGAUGGUGGCGGGUCUGGACGAGGGUAUCUCGCAGAUCAGCAAGCGCAGCCAGGACGAGCGCCAGCUACUGGUCUGGAACCUGCCCGUCGAAGUGUCGUUCAAGUCCACCAACCCGCACGGCUGGCCGCAGCUGAUCGUCAGCUGUUACGGACCGGACCUGUUCGGCAAUGACGUCAUUCGUGGCUACGGCGUGUGUCACGUGCCGGUCUGCUCGGGGAGCCACCGGGUCAGGAUGGCCGUGUUUGUACCGGAGUCGACCUCACAGCUGCAGAAGCUGGCUUCCUGGUUCACGGGCCGCCGACCGGAGCUGGUCGACCCGGUAACGCUGGCGCUCGGCGAGGGCAGGGAGGUGAUGCGGGUCCGGUCGCAGGGCGUAGUCACCUGCCGGCUGCAGGUGCUCACCAAGGACCUGCGGCGGCUGGGCUAUGUCAGCGGGCGUCAGCCG